CGCCACAUCCUGCCACUUCACCACGAGGCUUCAUCUGUAGCAAAACAACGUUUAAUUUUUAUUUUUUAACGUUCACCAAGUGUGUGAAACUAACUGUUUUGUAUUUUUAUCCGCAUUAAACCACUCUAUCUGUAAUUUACGGACGCUUUGGUAACGUUACCGAGACGGCCGGUGCAAACUGCAGUGACAGUUUCAUCAGCAGCUCUUUGAGUGAGGGGAGGAGUCGUACACAUACAGAGCCCACCUCUGUUCAAGUAUUUGUGUGAGAAAUUAGAGAAUAACGGGUUAAAGAAGAUGAACAAGACUCAAUAGAAGACGUUAUAAAGGCCAGGUACACACACAGGAGAAGCUAAACUGGGACUUCAGGAGGUCAAGCAUUAAACAGACCAUGCUGCUGCAGAGGCUGACCCUGUGUUCAAGGAGCCCACUGGAUUUCCAGAGACACGUAUGCCGGUUGUUCACCAGGCCACUGACACAAGUUUCCCAGGGGAGGUCCCCUGGCAGCUCCUUUGCACACCGCAGCGAACUGCGUCAGGCCAAGAGGAUUGUAGUCAAGCUCGGCAGCGCUGUGGUCACCCGUGGCGAUGAAUGUGGCCUGGCUCUGGGGAGGCUGGCCUCCAUUGUGGAGCAGGUGGCCAUGUUGCAGAAUCAAGGCAGGGAGAUGAUGAUUGUCACCAGUGGAGCUGUGGCCUUUGGCAAGCAAAGAUUAAGACAUGAGAUCCUUCUGUCCCAGAGUGUCCGGCAGGCGCUGCACUCAGGACACAAUCAGCUCAAAGACAUGUCUUUGCCAGUGCUGGAAGCCCGGGCCUGUGCUGCGGCUGGACAGAGUGGCCUGAUGGCCCUGUAUGAGGCCAUGUUCACCCAAUACAGCACUUGCACUGCACAGGUCCUGGUGACAAAUCUGGAUUUCCAUGAUGAUGAAAAGAGGCAGAACUUGAAUAGCACACUGCAGGAGCUGCUGCGCAUGAAUAUUGUGCCCAUCAUCAACACCAAUGACGCUGUGGUGCCCCCACCAGAGCCCAACAGCGACCUGCAGGGGGUGAUCAGCAUUAAGGACAACGACAGUCUGGCAGCACGGCUAGCUGUGGAGAUGAAGGCUGACCUGCUCAUCGCACUGUCUGACGUGGAAGGACUGUACGACAGCCCCCCUGGAACAGAUGAUGCCAAGUUCAUUGAUAUAUUCUACCCUGGAGACCAGCAGUCCAUCACCUAUGGUACAAAGUCCAGAGUUGGGAUUGGAGGCAUGGAGGCCAAAGUCAAGGCUGCCCUCUGGGCCCUGCAAGGUGGCACUUCAGUGAUCAUUGCAAAUGGCACCAACCCCAAAGUGACAGGUCAUGUCAUCACUGACAUUGUGGAGGGCAAGAAGGUGGGAACCUUCUUCUCUGAGAUCAAACCUGCCGGCCCAACUGUGGAGCAGCAGACAGAAAUGGCACGCAACUCUGGAAGAACCCUUGCAUCUCUGCACCCAGACCAGAGGAGUGAGAUCAUCUGCCAUCUAGCAGAGCUGUUGACUGAGAGGCAGGAAGAGAUUCUGGCUGCCAACAAGAUGGACAUGGACCUGGCUGCAGGCCAUUUGCCACCAGCCAUGCUAAACCGUCUAAGCUUGUCACCAGCCAAACUUAACAGCUUGGCCAUAGGUUUGCGCCAGAUAUCUGUGGCUGCCCAGAACAGUGUGGGUCGCGUGUUGCGCAGGACCAGAGUGGCUCACAAGCUGGAGUUGGAGCAGGUCACUGUGCCCAUUGGCGUUCUUCUGGUCAUCUUUGAGGCUCGACCUGACUGCCUGCCACAGGUGUCCGCAUUGGCCAUAGCCAGUGGCAAUGCCCUCCUGCUGAAGGGAGGCAAGGAGGCAGCCAACACCAACCGUGUCCUCCACGAGCUCACCCAGGAAGCCCUUUCCAUGCACGGAGUCAAAGAGGCUGUACAGCUGGUGAGCACUCGUGAGGAGGUGGAGGAUCUGUGCCGACUGGACAAGAUGAUCGACUUGAUUAUCCCUCGAGGUUCAUCCCAGCUGGUGCGCGACAUUCAGCGGGCGGCAAAGGGCAUCCCGGUGCUUGGUCACAGCGAAGGAAUCUGUCACGUCUACGUCGAUGCAAAUGCCAGCAUCGACAAAGUCAUCAAAAUUGUCAGAGACUCUAAGUGUGACUACCCUGCUGCGUGUAAUGCCAUGGAAACUCUACUGAUUCACAGAGACAUCCUCAGAACUCCACUGUUUGACCAGAUCAUUGACAUGUUGCGCACUGAGCGGGUAAGGAUUCAUGCAGGCCCUCGAUUCGCCUCCUACCUGACAUUCAGCCCAUCAGAGGCAAAGUCCCUGCGGACAGAGUACGGUGACCUGGAGUGCUGUAUGGAGGUGGUGGAUAGCAUGCAGGAGGCUGUGGACCAUAUUCACAAGUAUGGCAGUUCCCACACUGACGUUAUCAUCACAGAAAAUGAGGACACAGCAGAACAGUUCCUGCAGCAGCUGGACAGCGCCUGUGUUUUCUGGAACGCAAGCUCACGUUUCGCUGAUGGUUACCGCUUUGGACUGGGAGCAGAGGUAGGUAUUAGCACAGCUCGUAUCCACGCCCGGGGCCCUGUUGGCCUGGAGGGGCUGCUUACCACAAAGUGGGUCCUGAGAGGUGACGGGCACACUGUAGCCGACUUCUCUGAGCAUGGUACCAUGAAGUAUCUCCAUGAAAACCAGCCUGUUGGGCAGCCUCUUGCUGGGCAGAGGGAUAGCAACUAGACCACAGACUUUCACAACAUUCAUCUAGCCUUAACAUUGGUCAGACUGGUUUGCAUUUCCCACCAGCAGCUCAUCUGGGGUCUUGUUGCAGAUAAUGGCUGAUGUCACUUUUUUAAACCUCUGAAGCACAAAGCAUGGAGAGAGACGCUUAACACACCAAUUGGUUCGCACAAUCGGAAAGUUGUCCCUAUUGAGACUGUACUUUUGUUCAGGGAUCAAGAGUUUACAAAUGUUUUAAAUUCUACCUCAGCUUACGAUAUUUUUAUAUGAGUUAGGUCAGGGUCUCUACCGUUUUGAGAGUGAGGCCUACCUAAGGGGAGAAAAUUAUCCAGAGGGCUACUGUAUAUACUUGACGAACAUCCAUGUUAAAUUUAUGCUUUCAAUAGAAUAACAUAGCGGUGUGUAUUUUCCCCUUUAAGUCAUUUCCAUGUACAAAGUUGAAUUUGAUUUGGAAUUGCGUGUGUAGAAGUAGUUUUUUCUGUUUGUGGUAUUAACACUCAAAGUUCUUAUGACAAAUCUGCUGAUAAGCACUGAGAGUCAAUUUACUCAGCUCACCUAAUCAAUUUAUCAAACUAGUUAAUUGAUCUGAAAAUGCAACUCUAGAGAAAAUUGGCAAGGGCUUAGGCCACCAUUUGGGACAAUGACAAUGAAUGCCAGUAAAUUGUUACUUACAAUUGUUAUCCAGGGAGACCAAAGUGCUUGUUUAAUAAUGCAAUCUCAGGACAAGAUUUUGAAACUGACACUAAUUCACACAAACAUUAUUUAAUUUCAUCAUAAAAUGUGAAUGAGAAACAUUAUUACCAAAAUGUGCUUACUUUGCCAAUUUUAUUGUGUAAAGCCACCCAAAAUAUUGUGAUGAUGGGCAUGUUUAUCUUUAUCAAAAAUAUAUUUUAUUUGUUUGAUAUUGUAAAUCAUAGUCUAUUCUCUCAGAAAAUCAAGUUUCAGAUAUAAUUAUACAUAACCGAAGGCCCAAUUUGGUUUCAUCUGAUUGCAUUGGCUCAUUACCCACAAGAUUCAUACUGAUUGUACUGUAAGUGCUUUCUUUGUUUAUGUAACAUCAGUUUUUUUUCUUUUCUUGCUGUAAUUCCAGAUUGAAGUUUCUGUAUGUUUCUUAUUGUACAGAUAUUUUGAUUAGAUGUGGUGCUGGUGUCACUGCAAGUUUGCAUUUGAUGAAAGAAAUUUUGACUUUUUCUUAGUUUAACCAAAUCCUGCUAUAUUAGAGAUUUUAAAAUUUCCUGAUUCCGGGAAACUAAAUUACAUGAUUAAACUACAUAGUAUAAAAAACAAUAUGAGAUUAAUGCCGUAGUGUCAGAAAUGUGCUCUUGUAUUUUAAAAUACACUCCAAAUUGUAUGCAUUUUAUUUACUAUUUUUUAUUUAUUUGAUCACUGUUACAAGUUGUGCUCAUUUUUCUAUGCUUUGCUGCUUUCCUGCUCGUUCCUUGUGGUGCCCAAAGCCCCUGUCAGAGCAGGAACAGUAAUUGACAAGCUGCCUCCUUCAAGCUGGAGGGGUGAGUGCGACUGCUUUUAAAUUAAGCUCUAUAACAUUCCAGCCUCUGAGCUACUAUCUGAUGUCUUGCAAUGCACACUUAAGGAUUGGUUUGGGUUGUUUAAUAGCAGUA